AUGAACUCCUCUCAGGUGGGGGUCUUCUCUCUGACGGCGUACCUGGACUGGGGGCGGCUGCGGUUCCUGCUCUUCCUGCUGGUUCUGGGCGUGUACGCUCUGAUCGUGUUCUGUAACCUCCUCCUCAUCGUGGUGAUCUGCGUGAGCCGCAGCCUGCAUGAGCCCAUGUUCCUGUUCCUCUGCAGCCUGUUUGUCAACGAGCUGCUGGGGAGCUCCGGCCUGUUCCCCUUCCUGCUGCUGCAGAUCCUGGCGGACGUCCACCGGGUCUCCGCCCCCCUGUGCUUCCUGCAGGUCUUCGUGGUGCACUCGUACGGGGCGGUGGAGCUGCUGAACCUGGCCGUCAUGGCGUUCGACCGCUACCUGGCCAUUUGCUGUCCGCUGCAGUACCACGCCCACAUGACGCCGCGGCGCGUCCUGCUGCUGCUGGGCUGGACCUGGACCCUUCCGGUUCUGUUCAUGCUGGUGUCUCUGAGCCUCCUCGUUCCUCUGCGUCUGUGCCGCCGCGACAUCCACAAAGUCUACUGCGACAUGCACUCGGUGGUCAAGCUGGCGUGCUCGGACACCGCCGCCGUCAACGCCUACGGGCUGGUGGCCACCUUCAGCACCAUCGUGGGCGCGCUGCUCUUCAUCCUGUACAGCUACGGCCGGAUCCUGCGGGUCUGCUGCUCCGGGUCCAGGCAGACCCGGCAGAAGGCGGUCAGCACCUGCUCGCCGCACCUGGCCUCCGUCCUGAACUUCGCGGUGGCCGGCAGCUUCGAGGUGUCGCAGAGCCGCUUCAACAUGGCGCACACGCCGGACGUGCUGCGCGUCUUCCUGUCCGUCUACUUCCUGAGCGCCGUGCCGCUCUUUAACCCGCUCAUGUACGGCCUGAAGAUGAGCCAGAUCAGGAACGCCUGCAGGAGCCUGAUGAGUCGGCGGACAGAACGCCGUCUGCAUCACAAGCAGUGA